AGGCUGUUGUCCAUCUACAAAAGUGUCGGUGAGUCUGCUUUUGAUGGUUCUCUAUACUUUAAUUUCUGGAUGAGACACUUUCAUUCUAAGCUGUACGGAGUCGCUACAGAUGACAUCUUCCGCCUCUUCCACCCCCACCGCGGCGCCAGCCCCAGCAGCACCGGAAGCGUAAGCGCAAACAGAAGCAGGAGUACAAGCCCCCUCCGCCUCUCCGCGCUCUUCCUCCGCCGGCGCCCCUCAAAAGUCGACCUGGCGCUCAGCGCAGAACGCACCCGCUGCGACGGCGACGCCAUCGAGCGCCAGGGACUGGAUCUCAUGGAGCCGAGGCCUGUUGAUCCUGUGGAUUACCGGCUGCCGAUGGAUGGGAGUAUUUUUGCGUCUUCUGCGUUUCCGUCCGCGCUUGAAGCUUCUCGGGGAAGAUCGUCGUUGCAGAGUCAGCUUCAGGGCCAUCUGUGUGAUUCUCAGAGGGGACUUGGGUUCGUUCGGCCGCGGUUUGUGAUGGGGGGUAUUUUUGAGGUUAUGGAGGGCAGGGAUUAGUUCGCUUCGCUGGUUAUGUUGUUUCUUUCCUCUGCGGGUGGAGUGUGGUUUGGGUUCGGGUCUGGUCUGCGUUAUGGAUUGAUGUUUGGCGUUUAGCAGGUUGAAUGUUGAAUGAACGGGUUUUAGCGCUGGUUUGGGUGGUUUGUUUGUUUGUUUGCGAUGCUGGUACGCUGGACAUAUCAUGGAUCGGGUUGAAUUACAAUGUUGCUGCUGCUUUGCUUGUUACCGCCAGGAAGAAAUGUACGUAUUCUCCGGAUAUUGUACAUGUGGGAUACGCCCGGAA